AUGGGCUCCAAGUACCCGCGGUCCCUGCGGGGCUGCCUGCCCCUGUGGGCCCUGGUGCUGGAGGGGGCUCUCAUUCUCGCCUUCUUCUUUUUUACCUCCUAUGACACUUCUUCAAAGGAUCAGCUCUUGAGGACCUACACAGUCUUCCAGGAUGUUGCUGUUAUGGCAGCCCUCGGCUUGGGCUUCCUUAGCUCAUCUCUGCGGAGACACGGAUGGAGCAGCGUGGCCUUCAGUCUCUUCCUGCUGGCCCUUGGGGUGCAGUGGGCGCUCCUGCUGGACGGCUUCCUGGACCAGUCCUUCAUUGGGAAGGUGGUCAUCAGACUGUCCAGUGUCCAGCGGGCGGCCAUGAGCGCCAUGUCUGUGCUCAUCUCUGCCGGCGCAGUCCUGGGGAAGGUGAACCUGGUGCAGCUGGUGCUCAUGGUGCUCCUGGAGGUGACGGCCUUUGGCGCGAUGAGGAUGGUGAGCAAGCAGAUCCUCCAAGUGGAAGACCAUGUCAGCAUGAUGCAUGUGCACGUGUUUGCGGCCUAUUUCGGGCUGAUUGUGGCCUGGUGCCUGUCACGGCCUCUUCCCAAGGGCGCAGAGGAGAAAGACCAGACAGCAACGAGCCCCAGUUUGUUUGCCAUGCUGGGCACCCUCUUCCUGUGGAUGUUCUGGCCAAGCUUCAACUCUGCUCUGCUGAACUUACCCAAGGAAAAGAAGAAUGCCGUGUUCAACACCUAUUAUGCUCUUGCAGUAAGCGCGGUGACAGCCAUCUCCAUGUCGACCUUGGCUCACCCCCAAGGGAAGAUCAACAUGACUCACAUCCACAACGCGGUGCUGGCGGGAGGUGUGGCCGCGGGGCCCCCGUGCCACCUGAUCCAGUCUCCCUGGAUAGCCAUGGUGCUUGGCCUCUUGGCUGGACUGAUCUCUGUCGGGGGAGCCAAGUGCCUGCCGGUGUGCUUCAACUCCGUGCUGGGGGUUCACGACACCUGCGGCGUGCACUACACCUUUGGCCUGCCAGGUCUGCUGGGAGGGGUCACCUACAUUGUGCUGAUGCUGCUGCAGGCCCACUGGGCCAGGAAUCCCAUGAUCAGCUACCAGAUGCUCAUCGACACUGGGGCACUCAGCUUGGCCUUGGCCAUGGGCUUGGUGUCUGGUCUCCUGACAGUUCCCUCAUCUGGCUGUUGGAUUUUAGGCAAAAUCAUCCAAGAAAAACAAGGUCUGUUUGCAAACAAGAUCAUUCCUUUCACCAUUCCCACCUUCCUGUGUAUGUGACAAAUGCUUGUUACAACCAAGAUUCCUUAUGUACAAUGAUGAUACAAGAUCAGAGAUGAAUUUGACAUUAAAAAAUAAUAGAUAAAAAAUGUGUUCAAGUAAUUUCAUAAUUGCUUUAAACACAUAUGUUUGGUUUCUUUAAAGAUGAUGCUAUCAGUAUCUUCCUGGAUGCAAAUGAUUAAGGUUUUGGUUCAAUUUUAUUGACUAUUGUUAGGUUCUUGCUCAUGCUUGUUAGUAAAGUAUGCUACCCAGUUACCUCUUGUCAACAUUAGUAACACAUGUGGUAAAAAAAAUAGGGAAAAAUAAAGAACUCAAUUUAUAUUUUCAGUUACUAUAGACAUCAUGCUUUUUAUUCCAGCCAUUUUACAAAGGACUUCUUGUACCUUUAGUAUAUUCUGAAUCUUGCCGUGGGGAAAGAUCACAGUCAGUGGGGAGAUAACACUCAUCAAUAUUAAAGUGCUAGUUUCGUGAUCUUGAGGAAAUCAUUUCAAAUCCCCAUGGUCUGGGUUCCCUCAUUCCAGAAAGAGAAGGUGGACUUCAACUUCUACGGUCCCCUCCGACUCUCAUAUCCUACAAAUCUAAAAACUCACCAGGAGUGAUAUGCUGUGAGAUGUCAACAGUCACUUCUUGAGUAGGGUCUCGCUGACCAGAAAUACCUAAAACAUAUGUGCUAGGAGAAAAGAGUGGCUGAGGUGGAGAAAAGGUCCACAAACUUAGAUCCUCUAAGAGAAACGUCGUGUUUCGUGAAGGGCUGAUUGUGACAGGUUUUAUAAAGGAAAACAUUUCAAGCUAUUGUUCUGAGAGUCAUGUAUCCCAGAGUUACUGCGUUCAUUAAAAAAAAAAACACCCCAUUUUGCCAGUUGGGGAUUAGCAGUUCCAAAGAGGAACAGAUUGGGGAAUUCCAGUGAGUCAAUUUUUAGUGAUAAUUAAUUGACCUUGCUGGCCUAUUUUGAGCUUAGUGGUGAGGUUCAGGGAGAAAACGCAACAUGGAAUUAAAUAUUUUACCAAAUCAACAAGAGAAGACGCGUCACCUGAGUAGAGACUGCCAUCUAGCCCUGCGCUUUUCCUGUCCUGCCCCGGUGGAUGGGAGCAACCAGCAGCGGCCCACCAGGACCUGCGUCAUGGCCGGAUCGGGGGCCCAGGGGCUGCCUGAGCCUGGUGGCCAGUCACAGGGCUUCUCUUCAGACCUGCACACCUGCACCUUGGCAGAGCCUCACUGGCUACAUACACAGGAAUGUUUCUAGAAUUUUUGGUAAAACCAUUAAACCAGAUACAAAGUAAAGUGAUGAAGAAUUCUGAUCACUAGUUUUUCAAAACGAGAAAAUGUUUAUAUUUCAUUGAACAUCAACACAGAAGAGGCCACAUUUAAGCACAUGUUAAACCUCCAGCCAGCGUAGCGUCAGCCUUGGACAUGAUAUUCGUAUAUGCUGUAUCCGUCAUUUCUUCUCUAACUUAAUCUCAGUUUUACAAAUUAUGCCAUGAUAAAACUUAAAAAAGAAAAAGUGACUCGUGUGAGAUGUCUUCUGGCAACUCUGGGGAAGCCAGCCAAAUGCAUCUCACAGUAGAUUCUGGCGGGUGUUCCUUAAGUCGGGAGUUCUCAUGAUUUCAGUGUUACACAAACUGAAGCUGGAGACCACACGCAGACAUAAGUCUAGAAAACGGCAUUACAAAAGGCUGGGGUGAGGAGUAAAAAAAAUCCGAGGGGGGCUGCUGACAGGAGUCAGAGUGUUCACUGCCAUAAGUCUUCAGUGCGGCCAAACUUAAAAACCAGUCCUC